AUGCGCGCUCUGGACGCGCCCGGGAGCGCGCGGCUCUGGUCUCGAGGCUCCGCGCCCCCCGCGGCCCCGGACGCGGCGGGGCCGCCUCGCAGGAGCGCGGUGGAGAGGCUGGCGGCCGACCGCGCCAAGUACGUGCGCGGCCCGCCCGGGGCCGGCCCAGGCCCGGCUGGCGGGGGCCGCAGCCCCGAGGCGACCGGAGGGCAGGCGUGCGUCCCGGGGCCCGGGGAGCGCAGGGCUAUAGCGCGGAAGCCGCUGAGGCCGGACUCGCUGGUCAUCUACCGUCAGAGGUGCGAGCUCGCCCGCGCGUCGGGAGCCGACAGCCCCAGGGCAAGCCUGGUGAAGAAGUUCUUCCAGGGGCCGAGCAAGGACAAGACGCCCGAGCCGCCCGGCGCUGCCCGGGUGGGAGCGGAGUGGGGGGUCAGGGCCCAGGGGGCCGCCCGGGCCGAGCCUGGCCCCUCCACGCCCCCCGCGCCCGCCGGGCCCGUCGGGCCGCCCCCCGGGGUCUCGGCUGCGCCCCGCGGCGCGGAGCUGCUGGGGGCGAGGCGCCGGGGGCUGCAGCGCUCGCAGUCGGACCUCAGCUCGCGCUGCUCCGCGUCCUUGGCCGAAUCGGACACUUUCUUCCGGUACUGCGGCCUGGAGCCCGACGUGGUGGAGGCGCUCGGGCGGGAGAACUUCUCGGCUGAGUCGGACCGCGGCGCCCUCAAGGUCCGCAGCGUGAGCGUGGCCACCUCCGACAGCGGCUUCUCCCGGCGCAGCGGGGACGCCGAGGGGCUGCAGGAGGAGGAGCUGGCGGAGCAGGUGCCCCGCGCCACCUCGGUGGUCGAGAGGAACGCGCGCAUCAUCAAGUGGCUGUACACCUGCAAGAAGGCCACGCAGGCGCCCGGGCAGGGGCCGCAGGGCCCCGCGUGACAGCCCUCAGGAGACCCCGGCCGAGGAAGCAAGCCUUCUGGACGACGGGGACUCCUUGCAGUAUGUCUGGAUGGCUGGGACCCCAGGCCCAUCUUCACUGCCAGGUUUUGUCUAGAGUACCCAAGUAUCCAUGUAAUUGCUCUUUUCCCAGGAAUGAAACACACCACUGAAGAAGCUUGUCAUUUCAGAAGGUUUGAAAGGCUGUGGAGAAGGUGGGAACACAGAACUUGGAAAUUAGCUGAAUUUUAACUGUUAAGACACAGCUGAAGCUCUGGAAAAUAUUUUCUUGUGUUAGGUGGAUCUAUUUUUGCUUCCAGAGGGCAGCAGAAGAAGGAAAAGCUGCUUGGAAAUAUUUUCAAGGGCAUCUUUUUGAGUGGCUUGCUGACAAAUAGGUACCAUGAUGCAUUUUAAUGAUAAUUAAUUUUGAAAAGAAAACAGGCAAAGAGCAUGAAAUUCAAACACGAAUGCCGUGGUGUUUACUGCUUUCAGCCAUGCUGGACAGAUUGGCACCGUUUAAAUCAAAGUUCUGUGAUCAUGAGAAGAUGUAUUCUACACAAAUACUGUGGCUAACAAAGAGCAAACACGUGCUCACACUUGCACACUCACACAUAGACCUCCCUGUCUAAGCACAGUGGAUUCCCAGCUGUGCAGUUGAUCAUCUUUCGAGUGAGAGCUGCAGGGUCACUGUGAGUGCCACUCCUGUUGGGCUAUGGACAUGCAGUGGUAACAGAAAAAGAUAAAGAGUUGAAAUGCUGCUAGGAAACCUUUUUGUGUACCUGGACAGUUUCUUGAGAGUUGGCAGAACACUGAAGCAUCCUUCCUUCAAAUCUGUGUCAGUGGUUCUCUUCUGCGGCACCGUGUCGGAUACGCCUCCUUGGUUCUCUUGUCCCCAACUUCCAAAAAGGAUAAAAAAGACCUCUGUUAGGCAGAACAUGGACUCAUGACAUGUGAAAUGCCCUACAUUUUGGUCUAAUUCGCACCCUCAUCUAUCAUGCAAUCAUUCCAAAUUUGGCAGCAGUUCGCUCUGUCUGAAUAGGAUGUUUGAAACAAGGGCCCCUUGGGCAGCUGGGAGACUGUCGGGUUGGAGUGUGACUGGUAAGGAGUUACUCUGACCCUAAACCUGUCCUGGCUCAUGACACUCAGAGUAAAUAAAUUUCAAGUUCAGAACCUUCGGAGAGAAAUUUGUGUAUCCAUGAAAACAACCCAAGACAACCUGUCACCCAGUCAAAGCUUACAUGUUUCAUCAAAAUAUAUCUAAGAAUAUAAUUAUUAGAACAGGGAGGGAAGAGAAAUAGGUUUCUCAAAAGUAAAAUAUUUGUUAAACCAAUUUUGAUAUAUUCAUGCAUCUGUUUAAUACUGUAUUCUAUUUUUGUAACUUUUGCUGUGAGAAUAGGGCCUAGAGUUAAAUACGUAUUUUCACAUAAGUAUCGGUCUUCAGAUAGUUUUCCGACAUUUCAUGUGGUUUUGGCUUUACCAGUGUAAUUUUAGCCAUGCUGCCCUGGGUUAUCGCUCUGUCUGUUCUUUAAGUGACUUCAUCUGACUGUCAGUGGCAUGCUCGGGGCUUCUGCGCUCAGUACUGUAGGGACUUGCUUGUCAGUAAGUCACGGCUGUGGAUUUGGGGAGGGUGCCUCUUCAGUGUAGACUCUAUAAAGACAAAGAUGCCCUGCUCUGAGAAAAUUUUCCCUGUUUUUUUUUUUUUUUUUUUUAAUGCUGCUAUUUUGCUAUUUAUUAUCCACUGGAUUGUACUUAAUUUAAAAGAAAAUGUCAAAGAUGAGAAUUUUCUCUAAAGGAUCUUUUUGUAUUUGGAGUUUCCCUGUUUGCAGAUUCCAUUAAUUUUCUAUGUGAAUGCUUUAAGUGAAAUUGUUACGUGCCUUUCUACUGUCAGAAUAGGAUAAAGUGUAUCCUAGGUCAGAUUUACCUGAGAUGAAAAUGAUGUGGACUCUGCCGUUCACGUGGGCUUGCCUGCUGGCCCAGUAGUAAAGAACUUGCCUGCAGUGCCGGAGAUGCAGGAGACGCGGGUCCAACCCCUGGGUCCUGGAGAUCCCUUGGAGGAAGGCAUGGCAACCCACUCCAGUACUCUUGCCUAGAGGAUCCCAUUAGCAGAGAAGCCUGGCAGGCUGCAGUCCAUAGGGUCGCACAGAGUCAGACGUGACGCAGGAACAGCUACCAACCACCCAAGUGACAGAUGAGAAGCAGGAGAGCAAGUUGGUCACUGUUUAAAAGCUCUGAGGUCUUCCAGAAGCAUUUGUGUGUGAGUGACAGUGACUCUAGGAAGUGAAUGUCAGGGUGUGUGAGGCAGGAACAGGGUGUCCCCAGACCCCAGCGGGAUCAGGUUAACACUCCCUCUUGUGUGUCUGGAUUCAGGCCUCAGCUCAGGGCCUGAGUGUGUGGCUGGAGGUGGGAAAUCCUUUCCUAAAUCAGAAUUAACCCAAAUUGCUAAGUGACUGAGAAAAUCAGACUGUAGCUCAGUCUGAAUAAAAAAGUUUAUAAUUGGUUUCACAAAGAAGAACAAUAGGUAUUGCUGCAAAAUAGUCUCAUUUGUUCAGGAAAGAAUAGCAUAUUAGGUAACAGGAUCAAGUACAAUGGAAAGGAAAAGUUAUUAAAAAAUUAUUGAUAAAACCUGGAAAAUAGCUUGACCGUAUCUAGUUCUUUAAUAUGUGGAUACAGAUUACCAGUGCCUCAGACUUAAAGGUAGUUAUGUGACUGAAAGGUAGUUAUAUAACUGAAGUUUCCUUAUUAUGCAUAUAGUUUUUAAACUGCUGGUCACUGAUGCUGGAAUAAAAAGCAGGCUUUAUCAAGCGUUGGCCUUUUCAGUGGGUUAAAGGGCAUUGCUAGUUAUUGUUGGUGAUGCCAUGAAAUGUCAGGCCCAGACAAUUGCAAUGGCAUUCUAAAUAUUCUUUUUUUACACACUACUUGCAACAUGAGUGCAAUAUUGUAUAUUCUGUAUCAGAGAAAUAAACUAUUUUUUUCCUUUUUAAUAUAGCUUUGUGAAUUUGUACAAUAUGAAAAAAUUGAAGCAAGGCUAUGGUUAUUAUAAUUACUCAUAUCUUUUGCUUUCUCCGUCCUAAAUAUUACAGCAGAUUAUCAGCCAAAAUGAAGAGUGCAUUCUAAAACCUGAACUAGGAGAAUCCCGUGGAAUCUGAAGUCUCCAGUUCUCCCCGGAGCUGGAAUAUAAUAAAAUCAGUUUGGAUAUUUAGUA